CGUGCACGUUACCAAACACCGAGUUUCUCAGUAAACACAGCAGAGAGGCAACAGAGAACAACUGUACGUUUUAAGUCGCGAUUAAGGUUCGUAGGCAUGGCUCAAACAUGUAUUCACUGGUUCCGCAAGGGACUUCGGUUGCAUGAUAACCCAGCACUGAUGGCUGCUCUGAGGGACUGUAAGGAACUGUACCCCGUGUUCAUCCUGGACCCUCACCUCCAUAACAACACCUGCGUGGGCAUCAACCGCUGGAGGUUCCUCAUUGGAGCCCUCAAAGACCUGGACUGCAGCCUCAGGAAACUCAACUCUAGGCUGUUCGUGAUGAGGGGGAGGCCAGAGGAUGUGCUCCCCAAGUUGUUUCAGAAGUGGAACGUGACAAAGCUGACCUAUGAGUACGACACAGAGCCCUACAGUCUGAGCCGCGACAAAAAAGUGACCGAGCUCGCCAAAGAGCAUGGAGUUGAAGUCAUCUACAAAAUCUCACACACUCUUUAUGACAUAGAGAGAAUAAUUGAGGAAAACAAUGGAAAGACUCCCCUUACAUACAACCGUUUGCAGGCAAUAGUGAAGGGUCUCGGUUCCCCUAAAAGGCCGAUUCCUGCUCCAGCCAUGGAAAACAUGAAAGAUGUGAAGACGCCCUGUUCAGAAAAACACGAGGAGAAAUAUGGGAUUCCUGCACUGGAGGAGCUCGGCCACGACACCACAUCUCUUGGAGAGGAUUUGUUCCCAGGAGGAGAACAGGAGGCCCUCAGGAGACUAGAUGAACAUAUGAAAAGAACGGGAUGGGUGUGCAACUUUGAGAAGCCGCAGACUUCUCCAAACUCUUUGAGCCCCAGCACCACCGUUCUCAGUCCAUAUGUCACGUUUGGCUGCUUGUCAGUGAGAACCUUCUGGUGGAGGCUCACGGACGUCUAUCAGGGGAAAAAGCACUCAGCUCCUCCAGUUUCUCUGCAUGGCCAGUUACUGUGGAGAGAGUUCUUCUACACUGCCAGUGUGGGAAUCCCGAACUUUAACAAGAUGAAGGGCAACCAUGUGUGCACGCAGGUGGACUGGGACACGAAUCCUGAACAUCUAGCUGCAUGGAGAGAGGCUCGGACUGGGUUCCCCUUCAUCGACGCCAUCAUGACCCAGCUGAGACAGGAGGGCUGGAUCCACCACCUGGCCAGACACGCCGUCGCUUGUUUCCUCACCAGGGGAGACCUGUGGAUCAACUGGGAAGAAGGACAGAAGGUGUUUGAGGAGCUUUUAUUGGAUGGCGACUGGGCUCUGAAUGCUGGAAACUGGCAGUGGCUGUCAGCCAGCACUUUCUUCCACCAGUUUUUCAGAGUUUACUCUCCUGUCGCCUUUGGCAAGAAGACAGACAAAAAUGGAGACUACAUCAAAAAGUACCUUCCUCUCCUAAAGAAGUUCCCAGCACAGUACAUCUAUGAACCUUGGAAAGCUCCACGCAGUAUCCAGCAGGCAGCAGGAUGCAUUGUGGGUAAAGACUACCCGCGUCCCAUUGUCGAGCAUGAAGUGAUCAGCAAGAAAAACAUUCAGAGAAUGAAGAUGGCUUAUGCAAAGAGAUCCCCAGACACCACUGAGUCACCCAGCAAAAAGCAAGGUGUAAAGCGCAAAGCUCCAUCUGUUGUUGACAUGCUGAAGAAGAAGAGCAAGACAAACUAAUGGUACACAAAUUACUACAAAGUAAUGAAGUUACUGUGAAAUCAGUGAUUGUUCAUUACAAAGUCAGCAGAUAUCCUCUUUUUUUUUUAUUAUGCCCUUUACUGGUUACCAUUUUAUAUUUUAAAUACUGUUAUUUUAUUUGUACUUUUUCUAUUCUGUGUUUAUAAGUUGGUAAAAUGGUUUGGGUCAGAAGGGUAUUUCUUGCAUUGAGAUUACGUUACAUUUUCUAAAGACCUCAACUUGUCUAAAGACUACAAUUUGUUACCAUGUCAAAUCCACACUACUAUAAAUACUGCAGCAGGUUGGAGUAUCUGGUGUUCACACUGGACGAGAGACAAAGUGAAGUAUAGUCUGUCCAGACUGUCUGCACCAUUAACAUGCAUAUUAUUCACUUACAGUAGAGUGCACAAUUGGGGAAAAAGUAAUUCAUUUAAAUUUAAUUGAAGAAACUGUUUCAAAAAAUCUUGGGAAAAAGUAUUUUUUUCAGAAUUUUUAUUUUUUUUUUUUACUUACCGGUGCAUCACAGAUAUUUAUCUCCUGUUAGUAUAAAAUGGUAAAAUAUGGUGACAUGUUAUUAAAGUAGCUGUAGAAAACAGAGUUAGUGCAUCAUCAGUACAUGGGUCAUACUGUGUAGGAUUUUCAUAGUAGUGUGGACUUGGGAGGCCGCUUCAGUCUGCGUAACAAGUAGGUCUGUGCUUGUUUGUUUGAUUACAAUAGUAAAUAUGUUGCAUAUGACUACUCAGGAGUUUGUGUCCAAUUUAAAUAAAAAAUAUGCUAAAUAUGAACCAGA